CCCACCUUUGACUAAAAUCCUAAUCGAAGACAAAUCCCGGCCACCAAGAAGAAGAGCGGCCUCCAACUUCAGCUUCGACAAGAAGGACAGCCCCGCCGCCGGGGACAGGAAUCAGACCAUCCCUCUGGCCUCCGAUAUCUGGAGCAUCACGGGCGUGGCGCCCAUGGUGGCGCCUCCUAAGCGAGGUAAUCACGGCACGGCGGCGGCGAUUCAGCUUUCUUCUGAGAUCUGGAGCAUUGUCGACGGUCCUCCGCGUAUGGCUCCGCCACCGAUGAUGAUGAUGAAUUCGGCGGCGGCGGAGAGGGAAAGGGGGUCGACGAUGUCGCCGGUUAAGAGGGAAGCGAGGAAGAAGAAUUCGUACGGAUCUCCAAGGAGCAUACGUGUGGAGAGGCAGGGUCCGUACCUCGCUGGGAGGGAGUGGUCGUCGCCGCUGUCGAGGGAGUAGGAGAGAGAGCGGCGGCCGGUGGCGAUUUCACCUCAGAAGCGAGAGAGGGAGAGGAAUUCGUCGUCUUGGUCGGUGAGGAAGGAUUCGGGAAGAAUCGGGGAAGUCCGGGACACAUUAUUGUUGGUCUCUGUUUUGGGGUGAGGGAGAAGUUGUUGUGGGCGAGGGCAAGGAAGCUCUGGCGGACAAUUUCUUCCCAGGCUUAGUGGAGCAGCGAGAGGGAUAAAAACCCAUAUGGAGCUGUGAAUUCUAUGAUUGAUCAAGGUUUUUGAACUGGAUUGGAUUGGGGGAAAGAUUGGAUUUUUUCUUUCUUGCUUCCAAGUUCAGGGGUUUCUUUCAAGCUUGGGGAAGGAUGAAUGAGAAUGAAUAAUGGAGGUGGGUUUGGGUUUCUGAUGACCAGAAACCCAAUGGAGGUGGUGGGUCGAAUCAAUUCUUUAUUUAUGG